CCAGAGCUAGCGCUAGAUGAGAGCUGCGGCAGGCAGUCAGCAGUCAGUAGGAGCAGUAAAAUGGCAAAUCAAAAUCAGCAGAGGUCUCUUCAUCUUCCUCAUCUUGCUGGUCGCCGUGGACUAGGCUCAGGCUGGUCCAAGAGAGAGUUGAUCAUCCUAGCAGCCGUAGUCAUUGUAACUAUCCUCAUCUUCUCCCAUUCCUCACCCAAAUAUUCUUCUACCAUCGUUGGUAAUCACACCGAUAAAUCUUCUAUUUCAGCUCCACCGUCUUCAGCAUCUCGACAUUCGGAUUGGAUUCCCUUCACCCCUUUAACCAAUGCCCAUCAUAAAGCCGCACUUUGCUUGGAUGGAAGUGUACCGGGAUAUCAUAUGGAGAAGGGUUUUGGAUCUGGUUCCCACGAUUGGGUUCUUCAUAUCGAGGGUGGAGGUUGGUGCAAUACCAUAGCUUCAUGUUCAUCUCGUAAGAGGACAGCGCUAGGUUCUUCAAAGUACAUGGACGCUCCAGUUCAGUUUUCUGGGAUCUUGAGCCAUGACCCUUUACAGAAUCCUGAUUUCUACAAUUGGAAUAAAGUCAAGAUCCGGUAUUGUGAUGGUGCAUCCUUUUCUGGGCACCCUGAUGCUGAGUCUAAAAAUGGAUCAGAACUCUUCUUCAGAGGUCAGCUUAUCUGGGAGGCUGUUAUGGAUCAACUGUUGUCACUAGGACUUUCAAAUGCAAGACAGGCUCUUCUUUCUGGGUGUUCAGCGGGUGGCUUGGCAACCCUCCUACACUGUGACAAUUUCCAAGGGAUUUUGCCAAAGGGUGCUACUGUCAAGUGUCUUGCUGAUGCAGGUUUUUUUCUCAAUGAAAAGGAUGUUGCUGGAAAUCACACUAUUGAAAGCUUCUACCGUGAUGUUGUUAAUCUCCAGGGCAUAGCAAAAAGUUUGAACAAAGAUUGUCUUUCAAAAAUGGAGCCUCAUAAGUGCUUUUUCCCUCAAGAAUUUAUAGAAAAUAUAAAGACUCCAUUGUUUCUUGUCCAUCCAGCUUAUGACUUUUGGCAGAUACGAAAUAUAUUGGCACCUGAUGAAUCAGAUUCUCAAAGGAGCUGGCUCAGCUGCAAGUUGAACAUUUUCAACUGCAAUCCCAGCCAGCUAGAAGUACUACGAGGCUUCCGAAAUUCAUUGCUCAAGACGCUCGGCAAAUUUCAGCAAAAUAAGGAAGGGGGCAUGUUUAUAAAUUCUUGCUUUAUCCAUUGCCAGACCUGGAUGGCAGAGACAUGGCACUCGCCUACUUCUCCUAGAAUCAACAAUAGAACUAUUGCGGAGUGUGUCGGUGAUUGGUACUUCAACCGCAAGGAAGCGAAGGAAGUCGACUGCCCAUUUCCGUGCAAUCCUACUUGCUAUAACAUGGAUUUUACUCGGGGUUUGUAGCCUGAUGAACGUACGGAAUCCCUGGUAGUUUAAUCUCAUCGUUGAGAAGCUGCUCUUAACUUCUUCAGCUGAUCUUAAUCACAUUGAUUGUGCUGUUGAUGAUGGAUGGUCCGGUGAGGUUCCAUGGAGGAGACUUGAUGAUGUGAUGUGCUGCAUGUUUGAGUCAUCUUUUCACCUGAUAAAAGAUCAUCCGAGGUGAAAUUGUUUUCAUUGCAAUAUAUGUGCCUGAGUAGGCAGAAACGGAACUUUGCUCUUCUGGUGGUUAAUUGCUGGAGUAUAUCUAGUUACUGUACUGUAAAGAUAAAGAAGUUAAAUCACUAAUUUAAACUGUGUAAUAUGGUAUUUGACUAAUCUGCAAUCGGGUCAUAUCAUCUAUCUCAGGUCAGAGGGGUAAGCCCGACUUUGUUCA